CACUGUAUGAGUGAGUCUUGUUUCAACGAUGAUGUUCACCAGUGAUGUUGCACUCUCCUACUUCCACAACCCGGGCAAUGAGCCUCUCCACUACCUGACCAUUGGCCAGCUGGCCAGUACAGCGGCCACACGAUGGCCAGACAAUGUGGCCUUCAUAUCAGUUCUGGACGAGGCCAGAUUCACCUUCAGAGACAUAGAUGAACAGGCUCUCAAGUUGGCAGCAGGGUUGCUGGACCUUGGGCUAAUGCCUGGAGACAGGGUCGGACUCUGCAGUCCCAACUGUUAUGAAUGGCUAGUGACAUUGGUAGCGACUGCUAAGGCUGGCCUGAUUAUGGUGUCUAUGAACCCUUCAUACAUGGCACAUGAGAUUGAGCAUUGCCUAGACAAAGUUGGAAUGAAGGCUAUCAUAGUCGACGAGAGCUACAAGACCCAGUUAUAUUACAAGAUGUUGUGUGACAUUGUACCGGGCUUGUCGACUCUGCCAGAAAACACUACUAUCAGCUGCAACAAGCUGCCAGAACUGUCACAUGUGAUUGUACUGUCUGAAAAACACUUGCCGGGAUCUUACAGGUUUUGCGAUAUCCUAGAACGAACCACCAACUACCACAGAGUUCUACAACUACAGGCCAAACUGAGGCCUGAGGACAUAGUUGUCAUACAGUUCACCUCUGGAACGACCGCUUCACCCAAAGCUGUACCGUUGUCUCAUUUUUCGUUAACCAACAACUCUUACUUCUACGGAAAGAGACUUGGCUUUGACAAAAAACACUUCAAGAUCCUUGCUCAGUCGCCGUUCUUCCAUGUCCUAGGGUUUGUCGGAGCGAUGUUACCAAGCCUCAUCUUCGGCGUUACUCUGGUACUUCCAUCCAGGACCUUCAGUGUUGCCAACUCUGCCGAAACCAUCAAAAAGGAAAAAUGCACGAUGCUGAUAGGGACUCCCACCAUGUUCCUAGACCUGUGUGGCUAUGUGGAACGUAUCCCGGUGGAGGAGAGGAGUCAGUAUAUCUCCCCAGAACUCGUCCUGUGUGGGGGAGCUAUCUGCUCAUCGGAACUGGUGCGGAAGAUCAAAAACAUAUUCAACGCCAAAGUCCAGUCUGCAUACGGCCUUACUGAAGCAACAGGAGCUGUAGCUCAAUCAACCCUUGAAGACAACGAAGACCAAAUCACUAAAACUGUGGGCAAGGUUUCAGACCAUAUGGAGGUGAAGGUGGUUGACGCUGACGGGUUCACGGUUCCCCUCGGUAUGGCAGGUGAGCUCUGGAUAAGAUCUUACUCCAACAUGACAGGUUACUGGGAGGACAAGGAGAAUACCGACGAAAUACUCAACCAGGAUGGCUGGCUCAAAUCUGGAGACCAAUUCAUCAUGUGGGAGAACGGGUACGGACAGGUGGUCGGUCGGAUCAAGGAGAUGAUCAUUCGAGGAGGAGAAAACAUUUCUCCAAAAGAAGUGGAGGAGUAUUUAGUUUCUCAUCCUGACAUCAUAGAUGCUCAGGUGUACGGAGUGUCCAAUGAGAGACUAGGAGAAGAGGUUGGAUGCAGCUUGAGACUGACUCCCGGAGCUAAACUGACUGAACAAGAGGUCAAGGACUUCUGUAAAGACAAAAUUGCCUACUUCAAAAUACCAAAGUACUUCGAAUUUUUAGAAGAGUUUCCAAAAACCGGUUCGGGCAAAGUGCAGAAGUUCAAACUUCGAGAAGAAAUGGAGAAGAAACUUGGAUUACGAAAGUAAUGAUGAUGUAUUUAGCUUUUAUAAGCUGAUUAAAAACUACAAAGAACACUA